CGUAGUGAUUGAUGUUCGCGCAGUAGCUACUCGUGCUGUUCUGCUAGGGAUAGUUCAAGUGAGCUCUGUGGUAGUAUAAACUUGUCAAGGAUGCUGUAAUGCGUGACUGAUUUUGAGCAUUGACCGGAAGAAUCGCAUGUCGUAAUUUAGGUUAGAUUGAUGAUCUGCUUAGAUUUUGGAAUGAACCUGUCAAGGAUGCUGUAAUUCAUGACUGAUUUGAACAAUGACCUGGAAAAUUACAUGAAGAGUUCAAGAGUGAUUAUUUAUGUAAAUUAUGAUUGUUUGUAGGAUGGCACACCUUCCGUGUUGCCCCUCUUGACAUGCACCAACUUUGCUGAUCAGACAUGAGCUUUUGCGCUCUCUUGUAUAGGUAGUAGUCUGUAUUUGAUAAGAAUUUUGGCACACAGGACCUUUGGACUUUCAGGUGGUCCUAAUGCCUGUAUCCAAGGAUGUGGUACCUAGGAUUUAGUGUUAACUGUCUAACUGUUUAAAUUAAGUUUCUCUUGGUUGAUUUUGUUGUUGGAGUUGUCAGCAUAAGUAUCUCCUUACAAUAAACUAUCUAUUCUUUUCUCAUAAGGGGUCUCUUUAACUGUACAUGUGUUGAGGUUUAUGCUAUCUCUGGUUCAGUUUACUAUACACAUCAUGCUGGAUUACCUAUAAAAAACAGCAACUACCAAGCACAGUCCUAAUUAACUCUGCUUAGUCUGUUCUUAAGACGAUAGUUAACUUUGUUAUUUCUUCUAUAAGCAUGAUGUGGCAUCCGCACUUUAUGUUCAUAGAGAAUAAUAAAUGAUGCUAGAGAUUUUUUCAUUGAUUCAUUAUCUACCACUCUCCAUGAUAAGCUAGUCGUUGGUUGUUUGCUUGCUCUAUCAGAAUGAAUCAACAAUACAGCAUUAACAAAUAUGUCACAGAAUUGAUAUUAGAUCAUGCUGGCCACCAUAUGCGAACCAUUUGUCCACUUUGAGGGCACUACUUCUGAUAUCAUAAUAUAAUAGGUUUACUGUACAGUUGGGGGAAUCACAUAUUUAUGUUGUUUGUUCACAGUAAAGGGAAGUUCAUACCACAUAUUUAGACUUCAAUCAUUUAGGGUAUUGAUUUUGGUGUUGGAGUUGUCAGUAUAACUAUCUCCCUGCACUAGUUUACCAGUUGGCUUCUCAUGAACAGGGCAUCUAAAACUGUAAGAUAUAUGGUAUCCCUUGAAAAAUAGGUAAAAGAUCUAUGCUAUCCCGGGGCCGGUCAGCCACACACCUCAUGUUGAACUAGAUUCACGUGUGAAAUCCAUCAGCUGCUGAGAUCAGCUGAUUUAACUAUCCUUAAUAUGUACCUUUUGACAGUCUCCUUAAUAUGUGCUUAAUAAUAGUAUGACAAACUUUUUAUUUAUUUCUUAGAGUGAAGUGAUAUCUGAACUUACUGUUUAUCAAGAAUAAUAAUUAAUUGUCUCCAACUCCAUGCCAAGUUGGUAGUCACUUACCAUGAAUUUAGAACAAAAAAGAUAUUUCACAACAAUGAUGGAUAGAUCAUGCUGACCACCAUAUGUGAUAUGUCAAACCAUAUUGCUCCACCUUGGGAGCACUAAUCAUGAUAUAAUAUAAAAUAUUGCUGUACAGUUGGAGGAAUCACAUGAUUAUAUGUUCUUUAUUUACAGCAAAUGGAGAUCUGAAUCAUCUCAACAUUCUUUUGACUUCAUUUAUUUUUUACUUGAAUGCCAUUACUCUACCUUUACUUUUUUUGUUAUACAGCAUGUUGAAGCUCUGGAGGUUCUUCUCCAGGGCCUCUCUGGUGUCCCAAAAGAACGUGUUAGGGUGCAUGAGCUUUGUCUUAAAAGUGGACCAAAUCUAGGAGUUGUCCCAUCAGAGGUCCGUUUGCUGUGCGACUUAGCUCAGCCAACACCAUCCUGGACCAUAAGACAUGUCGGUGGUUCUAUGAGAGGUGCUGGUGCGGAGCAGAUCUCGAUUCUGGUGCGCACAAUCGUGGAAAGCAAAGCCAGCAACAACGUGUUGCGCUACUUCUACACCAUAGGUUACAAGUUAGAUCACGAACUUCUGAAGGUGGGCUUUGCGUUCCGGUUCCAGCGCGGUGCCCAGUUCACCGUGAUCGUGACCUCCACCAACAAGAUGCCAAAACUCCACGCGACCGACGAAGCUGUGCAGGUCACUCCUGGAAUACAGCUGGUGGAGAUCACAGCUCCCUGCACUGCCAACAAUUACAAUGAUGUCGUUUCAGCUGUCACCUCGUUUUGUGAAUACCUAGCGCCGCUGCUGCAUCUCUCUAAACCAGGUAACUCAACUGGAAUCGUCCCGACUGCCGGCGCUGCUGCUGCCUCGCUCAUGUCAAGUGGUGGUGCUAAGACAUUGUAAAUCUCUUGUCAGGUGUAUCUUUCUGUGUGACAUUACAGUGGGAGGCUGGUUUGUAAUUCUAACUAGCUGAAGUGGUAUGAAUAACGUUGUGAUACCAUUUUCACUGUGAUCUAACUCGAAGUUAAACCAGUAUUGUUGGCACUUAGUUUUGCCCUUUUUAUCCUUGGCAGCACAAGUAAGGUGUUUAUUGUGGUACCAGUCAGAUGUUGCGUAACUGGUAAAUGAACACUUGAAAAACUGUCAACCUCCAUUCAAAGGAAGAACUUUUGUUUUUGUAAA